AUGACAUUGUGGCCGCCGGAAGUUCGCAAAGAUCUCCGCAGUGGUCUGCUCGCCAGACGUAAGGGUGAAUUUGACGUGGCAUCACAGUAUCUCAGAAGAGCUUGGACCAAGGCCAUAGCAAUACCACUCGAUGCUUUCGGGGACCAACCUUUGAUUAAAUUGACUGGCAUUGGCAUUGCCCUAGCAAGCGUGCUCGAAGAAGGGCAGAAGAAAGAUGAAGCCUACCAAGCAUAUGAAGAUACUCUUCGCAGGCUCCGUUUUGCCUACCCUGAUCCUUCCUCUAGUGAUCAUCCGGAUAUAGAUCUCGAGGCACUCGAAGUCUUGAAUGCCGCAGAGAGGAUGCGCGCUGUUGCACUGGCGUACAAGCUCGGCGAACUAGCACAUGCCCUGCAGAAACAUGAGAAAGAAGAAAAAUGGCUCACCUUCUCUGUCGAGGCCACCCUCAAGAACAUGUUGGUGACCCCACCAUUGUCUGGGAAGGUUGGUAAUAGUCAAGGCCCGGAUGACACCACCGCUCACGCGAAGGUGCAAUUUCAAGACCUCGGGCUCCCUCCUUGGGCCAUGGUGCAUGAUCUCGCAGCUCCUUUUGAAGCCUUGGGUUCCUUCUACGCGAGACACGGGAAUAUUAAUUAUGCGAUGCCGCUUUACCUGCAGGCUAUUGCCAUUCUUAUCCCUCCUGCCCCUGCUGUAGUGCCGGCGGAGGAUAAAUGCCGAGGUGCACAACUCAUGGCCAAUGUGGCCGAACUUAUCCUGAGAAACCACCCAAGCAACAACGUUAACCCUGAGGUGCUCCAUCAAGCGGAGUCGUGGGCGAAGAAGGGUUUGGAUAUUACCACCACGACUCGCGAACGAUCUCCAUACAAGCACUCCAUCUGUGAAGAAGCAUAUGCCGUUAUGCUCUACAAUCUUGCUAUGAUCAGUGAGUUUGCAGGUGACAAGGAAAAGGCUCGUCAGCUGCUCUACAAAAGUCUGGAUCAGUCCAAAUCUAUCGGUAUGCAGGACGGUAUUUCGCAUGCCGAGGAAGUUCUACAUACCCUCGACACGGGUUCGGCGGAAAAAAUAAGACCAUUCGUGGUCGAAGUCCACCGAGAGGUGGACAAAAUCAUAUUCUAG